GCGGGUAGCUCUUUCCGCGACCCAACUACCUUAGCCAACUACCUCCCCUACCCUUGAUACCCCCGACUUUCCGGCCUCGCCUUCCCAUUCGGCCCCCCGCGAGCCUUGUACACGAUUUUACGAGUUACAUCAAUUCGUCUGGGUGACUUUCCAAACAUCACGCACCAUCUACACACCACCAGCAGCUACUAUUUAGUCGCGUUGACGAUCGUUAAUCCUCGAACGGUGUCCCGACGGGGAUAUGCCAUCCCGCCAUCAAACCACCAUUGAUACUUCAUAACGAGAUAACACUCUAGCCGCCACGAACACAACACGACACCGCUAUCAUGGCUUCGCAAUCCGCUGACCCGCAAACCAACGGCGUGCCCCCCUCCUCGGCCGCCUCAGCCUCGCAAACCGCACCAAACACCCAAGCAACAGCAACGACAUCAACAGCAGGCUCUCAACCCCCAUCCCAAACCCAACCGACCCAGUCCUCGUCCACCCAACAAACCUCACAGCCAUCACAACAAAAUGCGCAACAGGGCGGCCAACAACAACAGCAGCAGCAGCAACAAUCAUCAAACCCUCUAGCCCCCAACGCCUCGGCCCCGCGACCCCGCGACUCCCGCAUGAUAGAACUCCUCCUCACCUCCCAGGGCGUCACCUCGUACGAGUCCCGCGUGCCCCUCCUCCUCCUCGACUUCGCCUACCGCCACACCUCGAGCAUCCUCUCCGACGCAAUCUACCUCUCGGCGGACCCCUACACCUCCCAAGCCGGCAGCAAAGCAUCAGGUGGCGGCGGCGCGGGCUCCAUCCCCGGCGCGGCAGGCGAUGCCGCCGUCACGGCCAACGCCGUCAAGCUCGCCAUCGCCGCCAGGCUGGGCUACCAGUUCCGCGGGGGUGGCGGUGCCGGCGGCGUCAGCAAGGACUGGCUGCAGGAGCUCGCGCGCGAGCGCAACAAGACGGCGCUGCCCAAGGUCGCGCAGAACGAGUGGGGUCUCAGGUUGCCGAGCGAGCGUUUUGUUCUGAGCGGCGUCAGCUGGGGUCUCAAGGAAGCGUGGGAGGAAGCGGGCAUGGACGAAGACGAAGAGGAAGACGACGAGGACGGUGCUGCUGCCGCACCGGGCGGUGAUGGGGCAAUGGAAGGCGUUGAGGCGACGAAUGCGACGGCGGACGAGGAUAUCGGCGGCGAUGGCGUCGAGGGCGGUACGAUGGAGGACGUGUUUGGCAAGGACGUGGAUGAGGAUGCGGAGAUGGAGGGCACUUCUUAGGACUCGGGCCACUCGGUGAACUUGGAGCACUCGGAGUCCACGAUGGACGUACUUUACGGGCAGGUACCUCAAUGGCAGGGUGAAUGAGGGGCAUUGGUAGUAACGGCGACCAAGGUAGCCAGGGGUACAUAUUUUGGUCUAUGGUCGAUUAGACGCGGAAUGAUAAAAAACGUCUUGCCUUAAGGGCCGGGUUGAGGAAAAAGAGGCUCUUUUGAAUUCGUAUCCAUCUUUCUGGAACCGGUCACAAGAGAACGAUGCGACCCAGAGUAUGGGUAUGCUGGGCCAAAUGCGGUGUAUACUUACAGUGGUCUGCGAUAGAGAUUAAAAUCAAGACAAUUACAG